AUGACUAUAGCCUAUAAUGCUUCUCUAACAAAACUUAAUGACGCCACAAUCGAAUCUAUCUUCUCGGGUGCAAUUCUGGUUAUGACCGGGAGUGCAAGUUCCUUGGUCAGCAUUAUUGUUAUGAUUAUGAUAAUCAAGACUCCAAUGUUCCACAAUUCAUUCGGUUAUAUAUGUUUCUGCCAACUUAUCGCUGAUUUUGGAGCAGUCUUUCCCAACGUUUUCUGGACAGGACCUGUAACACUUUUCAAUCCGGAUGAUUCCAUUACCAAAGGAUAUUACGCAGCCAGAGUGGGCCAGCUCAUACACUUUUUCUGGUAUGAAUCUAUCUACUGCCAUCUGCUCGUUGCUAUCAACAGGUUUAUAGCUGUUACAUGGCCAUUGUCAUACAAGUAA